AUGAAGUCAUUUAGGAGUGAAUUGUCUUUGAUUUGGUUGUCAUUAUUGGUGACAAUUGUGGUCCUCUUGGGUGCGGUGGAGUCGCGCAAAGACAAGAUCAAGUUGAAGGACGUCCAGGUGUUGACACUGAAGCCCGACGUGUGGACCGCCGGCCGGCGCUCAACACCCGUACCGCAGCUCAAGUGUGUCGGCGGGUAUUGCGAAGCCAUCAAAGGCCAGACCGUUCAGUGCUAUAAUCGCGGAUCCGAUGGCCGAGACGUGCAGUGGGAGUGCAAGACACAGAUGGAUAGUAACUACAAGUUUGGAUCAGUUGAGGUGACGUGUGAGGGCUACGACUACGCCGACGACGACUACGUGUUGGUGGGCUCGUGCGGACUCGAGUACAGCAUCGAUGGCCACACCAGGAGUCAGACGUGGGGAAGCGAUGCCGUCUAUAAUCAUCUCAAGAAUAAGCCGUCGAAUGGAUUUUCCAUUGGCUUUAUUAUGACAAUUGGUGUCAUUAUAUUCAUUAUAUACUACGCGUGUCUUCGGCCCCAACGCACCGCUCCGGGCGAUCACAUGCCCAGAGCUUCCGGCGCUCCGCCGCCGCCCGGCUUUCGGGAUUCUUUUGACGAUUCUGACCGUUGCGGCGCUUCUUCGAGCGGUUCCGCCGGCUUUUCGGGUUUCACUUACGAGAGGCCGCACACGACUCGUGCCAACGCUAAUACAGGCAACGGAUUCUUUACUGGACUGUUCACUGGCGGAGCUCUCGGAUAUUUGUUUGGAUCCAGAAAUACCACUAACUAUAGGGACCAGAACUCGUACUUCAAUCGCCAGUCAUCUCCGUAUUCCUCCAGAGGUUUUGGUUCGGGCUCUUCUGGUUUUGGCUCUGGUUCGGGAUCGACGACAACCACUUCUUCCGGAUUCGGUGGAACUAAACGGAGAUAG